AUGAGCCUCUCGCCCUCCGAAUUCGACAACACGGUGCGCCUCGUUGCCGUCGCCAACACAACUGCUACAAACGACAAAACAUACAACGAGUGCAAGGCAGCCGUGACGACCGCGUUCAAAAAGCUCGUCAAGGAUUGCCGCCUGCCGUUCAUCGAGUACGGCGACAACAAGGUCCGCGUCCUCGUCGCCAGCAUCGGCAGCGUCGUCUACAUCGUGAUUCCGAGCCACGCCACGGCAAUGGAGUACGAAGCGCAGGCCUCCAGCCUCGGCAUCGUCGGCCUGGCAACGGCCAUGCUCGGCGUGCCCGAGAUGGACAAGGUCAUCUUGUGCGGCCACGGCCACGGUGGCGGCGUCGCCCACGUCGCCCACAAACAGCUCGAGAGCUCCAACGGCGCAUUCAAGGUCGCGUCGGUCGCGUUGGGCGCGGCAACGAGCCUUCCUUCUCGCACCACGGGCUCCACGUUCUAUACAGUGUGCCCGUCCGACGAUACCGCAGACGCGACCGAUGCGUCGUUCGACAAGCUUUCCAAACGGCCGGACGUCAAGGACUACAGCACGCAGCACUCUGAAGCGACACCGACGGUCAACACGGAAGCGUCGCAAAAGCUGCACCAACAGAUGAUGAUGAUCGCACCGCAGCAUUUGGCCUCGGCCGACUUCGAUGUUCACGGCGCGCUGAAACAGUUCUUCGCGAGCGUCAAGCAGCUCGGCAAGAAGGGCAACACCAAGGCCGAGCUCGAGACGAUCGCGACCAACAUUGAGAAAACCGAAGCGCAAUGGAAAGCGCUCAUCGAGUUUCUUGACGGUACCCAGACGACAAACGAAUCCAAGAUGCCGUGGCAAGCGCUCAGCGACAGCGACAUCAGUUUGUCUGAGCUCGUGCGGCUCACGACGAUGCUGCUUGCAGUCAACAUUAUGCGCGACGAGUACGGCGCCUUUGAACUGGUGAAGGACAUUGUCAAGCCUGUCCUGGCUAUCGCUGGGGCUGGAGCGCUGGUGGCGACCGGCAUCAGCGCAGUGGCUUCAGUCGCGGCACUUUUUACGAGCUUGUCGCUUGGAGCCGCACUUGGAGCUACGGCCGGCGCCACUGGCGUCUUCGUUGGCUCAGGUAUCGGCCUUGUAGCCACCGAAGCGAGCGACUUUAGCCACGGGUUUGUCGCACUCGUGAGACAUUGCCAGAGCGAGUCGUACAAAUAA